GAUGAUUGGCUGCGACGCGUUCUGAAGAGAGCCGAGUUAAAGUGGCCGGGCAGCCGGUCUCACGCUGUGCUCAGGAUGAGUGGUCCCGGGGGGAUUGUUGCCUGGAAGCGGGUGCCGUCGCUUCGCUUUUUGCUCCCUAAGGGAUCCGUAGCGGGCAUCAAGAGGCUGCUUGCAUCUGCUGAAUUCAUACCCCGGAUAUGUAUCGUAGGCAGUGGACCUGCUGGAUUCUACACAGCACAGCAUCUCUUAAAGCACCACAAACAGGCUCGGGUGGAUAUUUAUGAGAAGCUGCCAGUUCCCUUUGGCCUGGUUCGUUUUGGAGUAGCUCCUGACCAUCCAGAAGUCAAGAAUGUGAUCAACGCAUUUACGCAGACAGCACACUCUGAUCGCUGUACCUAUUCUGGGAACGUGACAGUGGGGAAGGAUAUAACCAUAAAGGAGCUGCAGAAGGCAUACCACGCAGUGGUUUUGAGCUAUGGUGCUGAGGACAGCCGGAGGCUUGGAAUUCCUGGGGAGGACCUUGCAGGAAUCUAUUCGGCUAGAGCAUUUGUGGGAUGGUACAACGGCCUGCCUGAGAAUAGAGAUCUGAAACCAGAUCUGAGCAGUGAGACGGCUGUGGUCUUGGGACAUGGAAAUGUGGCUCUGGAUGUUGCACGGAUUCUCUUAUCGCCCCUUGAAAUUCUCAGGAAAACUGACAUUACUGAAGACUCACUCACAGUCUUGGCCCGGAGCAAAGUGAAGCGGGUAUGCCUUAUAGGGAGGAGGGGUCCCCUCCAAGUCGCCUUCACCAUAAAGGAACUGCGAGAGAUGAUCAACCUGCCUAGUGCUAGACCUUUCCUGAAUCCUGCAGACUUCAAAGGCCUUGGAGAUGCUAUCAAAGAUGUUCCCAGACCUAGAAAACGGCUGACUGAACUGAUGGCCAAAACUGCCUUGGAAGACCCUGGUGAGGUGGUGGCCAGUCGUUGGGCUUCAGCGUCCAGAGAGUGGAGCCUGAAGUUCUUGCGCAGCCCACUAGAGGUGUUGCCCAUGGCUGAUGGGAAGCAAGCAAGAGCAAUCAGAAUGGCUGUCACCAGAUUGGAAGGUACAGGAGAUGGCACCAAGGCAGUUCCCACUGGAGAAGUUGAAGAGGUGAUGUGUGGGCUGAUUCUCAGCAGUAUUGGUUACAAGAGCGUCCCAAUUGACCCUGCUGUACCCUUUGACCCCAAGCAAGGCAUUAUCCCUAACAAUUUGGGUAGAGUGCUUGGGGCACCAGGACUCUACUGCAGUGGCUGGGUAAAGAGGGGGCCCACAGGUGUGAUCAUCACCACAAUGAAUGAUAGCUUUGACACAGCCCAGUCUGUGCUGGAGGAUCUGCAGUCUGGUGCCUUGGAUGUUUCAGGUGCCAAGGAAGGCUUUGACUUGGUGAGAAGCGUCCUGCAGUCACGAGGUAUCCACCCAGUAUCCUUUUCUGAUUGGGAGAAGAUCAAUGCUGCUGAAGUGGCAAGGGGAAAGCUGUCUGGAAAGCCUCGUGAAAAGAUAACAGAUCCACGAGAAAUGCUGGAAUUGAUCAGUCAUUGAGUUGGGUGUUUACCCUGUAGGAUUUGUGCAGGAGUUGUCUGUAUUUUGACCCUGUACCUCACAAAGGUGCUCAGCCCUCAACAUGGUGUAGCCAUCAUUCAUUCUACAGUUCUCUGUCAGAAGAAAAGGUGUGAUGCGGUGGUGAGAUGAUAAGUGUUCAUUUCAAGUUUUUGAAUGAGGUAAAAGCUUGUGGCCAUAUAAACAGUGGCAUUUGGUCUAUCUUUCUGUUGUGUGUUUGUGUGGGGAGGUUGUUCUUUGCUGUUUGUUUGGCAACAAAUUUUUGUAUUUAUCUGGAGCUUCCUCCUGAUUUGAAUCCCACCCACCACCUGGAGAUUACACCAGGUGUUAAUUUUCAGCGGCUUUAUAAAUAGGAUUAAGUACCUUCCUUGUUCUUGCUGGAUUGUGAGAGAGUUCAUUUGUUGUGUGUGAAAUUUUGUCCAGUUUACAUCUCUGCAUCAUGAUGUUUAUACAAACUAUUCAUGCACCACCCACCCUGGAGGACUUAGAAAAAUCUUAUGACUUUUUGCUAUUAUUUCUUCUGACAAUUCAUGUGGUACAGAAAAUUAUUUUUUGUAACCUGCUUCAGACACGCUGGACGUGAGAAUAAAAUGUAGCUGAAGAACUUGAGAGAGAGGAACUAAACUUGGAUUGAAUAAUCAUGAGGAUGGGGGCAUCAGUCACCUUCACCCUGAAACUUAAUUAUUCUUCCUCACCCACAUUUCAACUGAUGUCAGAUUGCAGAUUGUAUAAUCAUUUAAAAAUAAAGCUCCUUCUCAAACAGA